AAGGCCGAAAAGUUGGCUUUCGGCAACCGGAUGUAAACAAAGAAGAUGGCGGCUAAUCACAAAUCCUCAGACUUUGAUCAAAAUUGUUAUACAGCACUUUUAGGGUUAGCGGAGAGUUACAGAACGGUGUCAAAUAUAAGACAUUGUAUCCAUUGCUUAAAAUCUGUUUUUAAUCUCAGUCCGCCACCAUCUGUUGAAGCGCGGACACAUCUUCAACUUGGAAAUCUUUUACUGUCUCAUACCAAAAAUAUUGAUCUUGCAAGACAACAUUUAGAGAAAGCGUGGAGUUUAUCAUCAAGUCUUUCACAUCAUGAUGAUGUCAAGUUUGAGGCUGCUAGUGUCCUUGCUGCUAUGUAUGAAAAACAGGGACAGGCUGAUCUAGGUAAACCUAUAUUAUGUAAGGCCAAGGACAUCUCGCAACAGUCCCCAUUCUGGCAUUGUAGACUGCUGUUUCAACUAGCUCAAAUGCAUGCAUCAAAGAGAGAGUUUAAUGAAGCCUGUGUGUUGCUGGGUUCCGGGGCAGAAUAUGCUUCAUCAGCUAACUCUCAAUAUACAACACUCUUGUUUCUUCUUAGUAAAGGAAUGUUAUUGCUGAUUAACAGAGAUGCGCUACAGGUGAAUGAAACUCUAUCACGGGCUGGGUCUAUGAUAGAACAAUGGACUGGUCCCUCCGUACAAAAAGAAUCUCUUAAAGUUUUCUUUCUUGUCCUUCAAGUAUGCCAUUAUCUUACAGCAGGACAGGUGAAGAGUGUGAAGCCAGCAUUAAAACAACUUCAGCAGAGUAUACAGACUAUCACACAGUUACAUACUGAUGAAGAUCCAGUAGGUAGCAACCAAAUUGAUAUGUUUCAGUGGUUGCCAAAGGAGCACAUGUGUGUGUUAGUAUAUUUGGUGACAGUAAUGCAUUCUAUGCAAGCAGGUUAUAUGGACAAGGCACAGAAAUAUACAGAUAAAGCUCUUAUGCAGAUAGAAAAACUCAAAAUGUUAGAUGCCCACCCACUGCUGUCUUCCUUCCAGAUCAUGCUGUUAGAACAUAUUGUGAUGUGUCGGCUGAUCAUGGGUAACAAAACUACAGCCAUACAAGAGAUAUUUCAAGCUUGCCAUGUAUGUCAAUCACAACCAAGACUUUUUUCAACCCAUGGUUCACAGAUCCAUACUCUACUUGGUCUAUAUGCCAUGUCUGUGAACUGUAUGGAGGCGGCAGAAGCUCAGUUUCUAACAGCACUAAAGAAAUCAGAAAGUACAGACCUGUCAUUAUUCAUCAAUAUGAAUUUAGCCAUUGUAUUCCUACGCAUGGGAAGACAAGAUGAUUUUCUUGGACUUCUGGAGAAAAUUGAUCCAGAAAAAAUGGAACAGUCAAACUCACAUAGUUUGAAAGCAGCAGCAUAUUAUGUACAAGGACUGCAAACUUUCUUCCAGGCCAGAUACAAUGAAGCUAAACGUUACCUUCGUGAGACAUUAAAAAUGGCAAAUGCUGAAGAUUUAAAUAGACUGACAUCAUGUUCUCUGGUGUUGCUAGGACACAUUUUCUUGUCACUAGGCAACAGUAGGGAGUCAUUAAACAUGGUUACCCCAGCAAUGCAGCUGGCAGGUAAAAUACCUGACGUACAUGUACAAUUAUGGGCCUCAUCACUUCUCAAAGAUCUGUAUCAGAUGUCAGGUGACAAAGCAAAUGAGGAGGAAGGUUGUAGAUUACACACCAGUUUCUCUGCCUCACUUCUCAAAGAUCUCUUCCAGUCUACACAGCUGUCAGAACAUGGCCUUAUACAGUGGACAGAAGGACCUUGUCCAUUCCACUUGAAUACAUCAUCAGCCAAUGCUAUAAUGUGAACACAGAUUAUUGUAUAUAAACAGUUGCUUGGUGCCAUGAUAAACAGCCUUACAUACAACAUGAUUUACACCAAUAUAUCUUCAGUUGGGUGCUGAGCAUGAGGAUCAUAAUGCUAGUACAGUGUUACACAAUCAUACAACGUCCCAUUAUAUCAUUACAUACACCAUGUGCAAUAUUGUUGAACUUUUUUUACUAACAAUCUCUUCAGUGACUGUAGAUAAAAGAAAUCUAUAUGUUGAAUGAAUAAAUUAAUGGUUUUAUGAUUUUACUAGGCUGUUUUACUUUUUGUAUGUAUACACUGAUAGUGACUUUUAUAUGCCACUAAGACCAGCCUUUAUAUUGUUAACUCCCUAGUUGAAGCAAUUUUGAUAUGAGAAUAUAUUUUCUAAACAAUAGACACGUCUUAUUUUAUUAUUAGGUCAAGUGUAUUAUACAAAUUUAACAGAAAGAUAAAAAUAUUGUAAGAAGCAACUUGUCAAUGCCUGCCCUGAAAAAGUUUAUAUGAGCUGCGUCACGACAAAACCAACAUAGUGGGUUUGCGACCAGCAUGGAUCCAGACCAGCCUGUGCAUCCGCACAGUUUGAUCAGACAGUGCAGAUGCGCAGGCUGGUCUGGAUCCAUGCUGUUAGCUUACCAUCUCUAUUACAAGUAGAGAAACUGAUAGUGAACAGCAUAGAUCCUGAUCUGUCUGCGCGGAUGCGCCGGCUGGUCUGGAUCCAUGCUGGUCGCAAACGCACAAUGUUGGUUUUGUCGUGAAAAGGCCCAUAUUCUUUGAUAUAUUAUUGUUUUUAUAAUGGUUUAAUGACUUACUAUUCUUUUAUAAACUAAUUAAAUAAUAAAAUGUUACUAUCUGAUAUAUAUUUAAUAUGUAUUAAAUCAUCAUCAGACCAAUUCUAGUUUAGUAAAAAUAAAAUGAAAAUUAAGAUUAUUAAAUUGCAGCGAUGCAUGUACUAGUUCUAGAGGAUUAAAACAUUGUUUCUAAACCAGUCUUGUUCCCUUGUCAGCUGUCUUUUAAGAUUUUGAUGGUAUUGAAGAACAGGUCUCAAUUUUAGGGUUUUAUUUUUUGGGAGGGGGAGGGAGUUUAUGAACAGGUAUUAAUCUAGUAACAUGUUAAUUAAAACAAACCAUAUUUUUAAGCAAUUGAAGAACGCUAUACCAAAAAAUGUCAACCAGUGUUUAGAUUUGCUUACCUCCAGGUUACUGUUACUAUAUUUUGAUUGACAAUAUAUAAAAACUUUUCUCAACAGUCAUAAAUUGUCAAUUGUACAACAGCCUUAAACAUAUACAAGUACUAUACAACUGCCGUAAGCAUAAACUAUACUCGACUUACAGAUUGCAUGUUACAUUUUUAAUCUUGACCAAACUGUUCUUCAGUUUUAGGGAAAAUAUAAAACAUGUAUGUAUACAGUAGAUUGAAGAGGGAACAAAGCAAGUCAUGAAAGAUGGCACUAAUGUUGGUUGUUCUUGGUCUAUCUACAUUUUUGCUUGGAUAAAACCAGUAUCUGCCAGCAGGCUAAUGGGUAAUCAGUUAUGGAGUAGAAAUAUGCUGAUAAAUGACUAGUAGUCAAUCUUGUCAUAUUAUGUAAUAAUCAUGCAAGACUUCACAGUAAUUGUGAAUAUUGAAUUAUUAAUAAAUGUCUUGAACUUCAAUGUAUUUUUAGCUCACCUGUCAAAGUGACAGGGUGAGCUUUUGUGAUCGCUUUUCGUCCGUCGUCCGUCCGUCCGUCGUCCGUAAAUUUUUUUCUUUAAAUGACAUCUCCUCAUAAACCACUAAGCCAAUUUCAUCCAAACUUCACAGGAAUGUUCCUUUGGUGGUCACCUUUAAAAAUUGUUCAAAGAAUUUAAUUCCAUGCAGAACUCUGGUUGCCAUGGCAACCGAAAGAAAAAACUUUAAAUAUCUUCUUUUAAAAAACCAUAAGAGCUAGAGCUUAGAUAUUUGGCAUGAAACAUCUUCUAGUGAGUGUCUACCAAGUUUGUUCAAAUAAAAGCCCUGGGGUCAAAAUUGGCCCCGCCCCGGGGGGUCAUUGAUUUUCCCUAUAUGCAUAUAGUAAAAAGUUAAAAAAUCUUCUUUUAAAGAACCCAAAGAGCUAGAGCUAAGAUAUUUAGCAUGAAACAUGUUCUAAUGGGUGUCUAUCAAGUUUGUUCAAAUAAAAGCCCUGGGGUCAAAAUUGGCCCCGCCCCGGGGGUCUUUGAUUUUCCCUAUAUGCAUAUAGUAAAAACUUAAAAAAUCUUCUUUUAAAGAACUCAAAGAGCUAUGGCUAAGAUAUUGAGCAUCAAACAUGUCCUAAUAGGUGUCUACCAAGUUUGUUCAAAUAAAAGCCCUGGGGUCAAAAUUGGCACCGCCCCAGGGGGUCAAUGAUUUUCCCUAUAUGCAUAUAGUAAAAACUUAAAAAAUCUUCUUUUAAAGAACCAAAAGAGUUAGAGCUAAGAUAUUUAGCAUGAAACAUGUUCUAAUAAGUGUCUACCAAGUUUGUUCAAAUAAAAGCCCUGGGGUCAAAAUUGGCCCCGCCCCGGGGGGUCAUUGAUUUUCCCUAUAUGCAUAUAGUAAAAACUUAAAAAAUCUUCUUUUAAAGAACUCAAAGAGCUAUGGCUAAGAUAUUUAGCAUCAAACAUGUUCUAAUAGGUGUCUACCAAGUUUGUUCAAAUAAAAGCCCUGGGGUCAAAAUUGGCACCGCCCAGGGGGUCAUUGAUUUUCCUUAUAUGUGUAUUAUAGCAAAAACUUAAAAAUCUUCUUUGAAAAAACCCAAAUAGCUAGAGUUAAGAUAUUAAGCAUGAAACAUCUUUUAGUGAGUGUCUACAAAGUUUGUUUAAAUAAAAGACAUGGUGUCAAAAUUGGCCCCGCCCCGGGGGUCAUUGAUUUUCUUUAUAUGUGUAUAGCAAAAACUUGAAAUCUUCUUUGAAAAAACUCAAAUAGCUAGAGUUUAGAUAUUAAGCAUGAAACAUCUUCUAGUAAGUGUCUACAAAGUUUGUUCAAAUAAAAGCCCUGGGGUCAAAACUGGCCUGGCCCCAGGGGUGUCAUUGUUUUUAACUAUAUGUGUAUAGUAAAAACUUUAAAAAAAAUCUUUUUUUAAAAAGCCCAAUGAUGAGCUAGAGCUUAGAUGUUUAGCAUGAAACAUCUUCUUAUGGGUGUCUACCAAGUUUGUGCAAAUAAAAGCCCUUGGGUUAAAUUGGCCCUGCAACAUUGGGGGGGGGGGUUGGGGGGGCCUAUAUACAGGUGAGCGACCUCAGGGCCAUCAUGGCCCUCUUGUUAUAUUUUUUUUUGAAUUGAUUGUUAGAUCAUGUAGAGAUAAGUAGGUUUAAUUGUUACUAGUUUAUAAUGAUGAUGGAAAUGCAUGUUUCUAUCAAGCAUGUUUUAUAUUGAUGGGGACAUUUCUGUAAAGGUCAGGUUUUAAAUAACGCCACUCCAGUUUUAAGAUGUCUGUGGACUGGAAAAUUUUCUUUGAUAUUUUGUAUACCAUUUGAUGAUGUGUUAGACCAUUAACUUGUCUGCACAUUCCAGAUCAUCUGCUGGCACCGUUUUCCAAAAUACAUGUUAUCCCUUUACUGUGCAAAAUCACAUGAAACAACGCUUUUAACUCAAAUCGUGCUUGGAAUCUACUAGAUUAUAAAUAUUGAUUAAAUUAUGCGUUUUUUUUCUUUUUACAUAUUUUGUUUCCGUUUUAAGUUCUACAGUUGAUCUAAGUAUGAAUUUCAAAUUUUAUGUUUUAAGCUGUUGAAUCUAACAGAACAGGGUUCCUUUUACAAAAUUAAGUUUACAUAUCUUAAUUUAAUUUGAUGUAACAGCGUUGAAAAAUACCUGUUUUUGAGAAAUUUUGUAUGUACAUUAAUCUAAAAAGAAAUGUCAAAACGAUGAUCGCUUUGUUAAAAUGUUUAUGGAUUUUUUCUGACUUAGUGAAAGGUAAACAUUUUGCUGCAAGCAAAUGUAAUAUAUACAUUAUAUUAUAGCCAAUGAAUUAAUACCUAAUGUCAUGAAUGUUGCAGUCAUGUUUUUGUAUUGUAAUGUAAUAAAUGUAGUACAAUUGAUUAUGGAAUAAAGAUACACAAAAUCA